ACACGCUCUCCACGACCACCAUAGCAUUCUGCACCCGGGAGAAUACGCAGCACAGACGACAGGCGCCAUGGCUUCCCAGCUCUCCGCCGCCGCGGCCAUGGCCGCCGUGCCGCAGUUCCACGGCCUCCGGGGCUACGCCUCGCCUAGGUCCGUGGUGGCGCUGCCGUCGGUGAGGGUGGGCAGGAAGAGAUCGCAGGGCAUCCGGUGCGACUACAUCGGCUCAGCCACCAACCUGAUCAUGGUGACGACGACGACGCUGAUGCUGUUCGCGGGGCGGUUCGGGUUGGCGCCGUCGGCGAACCGGAAGGCGACGGCGGGGCUGAAGCUGGAGGCGCGCGACUCCGGCCUGCAGACGGGCGACCCGGCCGGGUUCACGCUCGCUGACACGCUGGCCUGCGGCGCCGUCGGCCACAUCCUCGGCGUUGGCAUCGUCCUCGGCCUCAAGAACACCGGCGCUCUCGACCAGAUCAUCGGCUAGAACCAUUAACCGAUCGAACUGCUUCAAUUCAAUUCGCCAGUGGUUCAGAACCCUGAUCGCGCCGCCGGUGCCUAUGUAACGUGUGUACAUUGCUUUUGCUUGUGCUUGUGCGUGCGUGCAUGCAUCUUGUUCCAAUGGACUUCCCAUAGCUUGUUGAUCU